GCUUGUGCUGGCCCAGUCUGAGGGUCCCUCUGGGCGGGUCUCUCUGGGUCAGGCUGGAGCAAUCCUGGAUGCAGGAGGGUUAGCUUGUUGAAGAACAUGGGGAGAUCUUUUAGGGGACCACAAAACAGGGCACACCUGUUUGUUUUUCCUGUUUCUCAUAUCUGGUUUUAGCAAGAAGGAAGUUGGACUAAAUAAACGUGGGAGGUUGCUUAGAUCUAUAGUUUUGUGCUAUAGUGACCCGUGCUAUAUACUGCUCAGUCAGCAGAUCUGCAAUGGGCUGGUCGGGUAAAAGCCUUGAGAGAUCAUGUUCCAUCAGGUACCAAGUGAUUUGGUUUGUCCAUCCCAGAAUGACCGUGGGAUCAGUCCAAAAGAUGAAAGUUUCAGUCUCUGAAAGAAAGGGGACACUUGAGUAAGCAUCCACCUGCAUUCUCCUUCAGUAUGAAGGGCUCUGGCUUAUUAAACUUGUAAAUAGGUUGCAGAGUUCCCUGUCUUUUGCUCUAAGUUACAAUUGUAGAAUUAAGUUGCAGACUGGAGUUAGUGUGUUCCAGUGUAGAGGGGUAUUUUUUGUCUGUUUUUUUCGUUUUAAUACCAGAAUUUCUUGGGUGGUUUUUUUUUGUUUGUUUUGUUUUUGUGUUUUUUUGUUUGAUAACAGCAUAUGGAACAGGCAUUUAAGUGUGAGGAAUGAGUGAGUACAGUACAACUGUUCGUUAUCUCUUCCUGCUUUUCUUCUUGGUUCUGUGGCCAGUAAGUGAGGUUUUGCAUAGAAGCCUUGAAAGUGUUUAUAUUCUGUUUCAGCCAGGGUUACUGCAUAUGUUAAUGCUCCCUGUUUGGGGGAACAAUGGCACGUCUUAGGCUAAGACCCAUGGAAUCAUUGAUAUUGGUAAAGACCCUUAAGGUGAUCAAGUCACACGUGUCAUGGUUUGACAGUGCAAUGAGGUGCUCCCCCUGCCCCUGCUCCAGCUUGAAUUUACCCAUAGUCUGCAGUGCCUUAGGGCAUUGCAUCAAGUGGAGCCGUGUCUGUGAGGCACAGUCUUUCAGGGCUAUACCUGCUGCAGCACAGAUUCACUCAGGCACAGUCCUUUGAAGUGCGCCUGCUCCAGUAUGGCCUGCAUGGGCCAUAAUCCCUCCAGACACUUUGAGAGGUACCUACUCCCACCAUCUACAGGUCACAGUGCCUUCAGCUCGAGUUCAUCCUGUAGCUCCAGCCUGCCCGGUGCGGCAGUGCAGCACUGGCAGUGAUGCCCUGCCCACCCUGCCAGCCCAGGCUCAUCUGUGUGGCUACUAUCAGAGCGUUCCCAGGCACUGCAGGAAGAUGAUAAGAAUUAUGUUCUUCGUGUCUGGUUUUCAUCAAACAGUAACUGGCAAACUAAAUGCUGUUCCAGCUGACAAUAGUCAUUCUGGGAUGCAUGGAAGUUGGGUGGCAUGUGAGCGUGGGCAGAGAGAGCUAGUAGUUUCUGGAGGUUCUCCAUGGUCAGUGCCCUGCUAGUAUUUCCUCCUAACUGAGCUGGGAACAUACAGGUCUGUGUUCAGCCUGCAACCAUGCAGGGGUUCUUAAACAAUUCAUAUGAAGCUUGGGGCUGUAUGUUAUACAUUCUGUUUUCUGGCUUUCACAAAAAUAAGACUGGGAGUCUUAUUUCUCAUGUAAAUAAAAAAAAAUGUGCUCAGGACAAACCUUGAAAAAAUGUUUACUUCCUUUGGCCACAGCAGCCUUGCUCUCAAUCUUACUUGAGCAUAAGCACAGAAGUUGAGCUGUUGCUUUCCCUGUGGUGUCUGUCUGCACAGCAGAGCUUUUGUGUCACCUGUGGUCUGUACUACAGGUCUUGCAGGUCUGUUCUGCUGGGCUCUAAUCUCUUGUAAAAGAUAGGUUCUGUACACAGGAGUGUACUGGAUUGUUGGUAUUUUCUUGCAAUAACUGAACAUUGAAAGCUGUGAUUAAAAAUGGGGUCGAUAUUUUACUAGUAGAUGAGUUUAGAAAAAAAUCCCUGCUACUUUAAAUUCAGAUUUGUUCCAGAGCUGGCACAUAAUCUACUAAGCAGGAGACAUGCUGUUCUUCAAGGGAAUUUUUAAAAAUUGAACUGAUUCCCUACCCUAAGAAAUACCUUAAAAAUCCUUGUCUCCUCAGACUAGACAGCAGAGGGGCUAAAAAGGGAACUCUAGUGAAUGAGUUGCAAUAUCCAGUGACAUCCUCGUUAAAACCUUUUGGUAUUCUGACAGUUUGAGUGGUCGAGGACCCUCCAGUGUAACUUCUUUCACAUUCACGCUAGUAGGAGUGAAUGUGAAAGAGCACUCCAGCACUCAUAGCUGGAGUGGACUUUUGCCUCUCUGAAAAACAGGUUUAAUGAAAGAGACCAAUUUGCAAAACACAGUGCUUGGAACAUUGGUCUAGCUGCUUCUGUGCUUUCAUGUGCUCCAUCCAAAGCUUCUUAAAACCAGGUCACCUUUCAGAUAUAUGUCAGUAUGGGAUUUUAGGAACCACAGUCUGUAUACUCAGUGAUCUCUUUCUUGGUUUAAUUCUUUUUCCCCUCUUUCUGGACUUCCUUAGAGUUGUGAUGCAGGGUUUAAACUGAGCUUGCAGCUGAAGCCUGAGGGUACUUAGGGCUCCUUAGAAUAAGAGGAGAAUGUCAGUUUGAAAAACAAGGUUAAACAACAACAGUGUUAGGUUGGCACAGGUCUUAAAGAAUUGAUACAUUUGUUCCCUCUGUCUUUUGCUGAUUUUCAUAGUAGUUUGGUUUUGGUUUUCUUUUGAUUGCUUUUUUUUUUUUUACAGUUCUUGGUCAGAUAAAUUCUUGUGAAGUUCUUCUGGUCACCAUUCAGCCAGACUGGAGAAAACAAACCCACACUGCUGGUUCUUCACUCUGUUUGGAUCACUCCUGAUUUCCUUGUUUUUCUCUUCCUUCUUAGAAUUAUUUUGUAUGAUAUCAGGAUAGAUUUGGCUGGGUUUGAUUACAGGAAGGAAUGUAGGCCAUAAAUAAGUGGUAUAUAUACUGCUAAUACCAGGAAUACUGAAAUAGCUCAUCUCAAAAGACAGGGAAAACCUAGCCAGCUGGCCAGGUGCCAGGAGGCUGCAGGGUUGACAGUCACAUAUCAAGCCUGAAAGGGAAUUAAUGGCAGGCUGUGCUCUAAAAAAGAGCAUGCUGAGCCGCAGGAGAAAUUUUGCAGGCGCAAAUUCAGGUAGAGCUGUGUGCUGAUGCCUCAAUGCAGUUUUGCCCUUCUCUUGACUCCUCUGUCCCCACAAGGUUCUGGCAUUCCCAUAUGGUUUGUCUCUGUGACCCACAUGGACUAGGCUAGCUGGCUUCUGUUCCUUGAUGGAAUGUAUUCACGAGGGGCUUGUCUACACAAGUUUGUUUUGGAAAUCCUUCUUCUUACACAGUCAGCCUUUUCUGUGCGGCCAGUUAACUGCAAGGGCACUGAUAAUUUUUGCAGAAGAUGGUAGUUCUGUGUUUCUUGUUUUGUAGGAACAGAAGUGUCCAUAGCUGCCUCUCUGGAGGUUAUAUCCAUAAGUUACAGCUGUUCUUUGGUGGUGAGAAUGUCACUGCCCAACUAAAGACACUUGUUCAAAUAAUAGUUUAUAGUUUGUACAAGGUAUGUCUGACAAUAUUCAUGGAGGUUUCCAGGCUUUUUGUAUGGGCAACCUGUGCUGCUGUUCUCAAGAACAUAAAACAGAAUGAGGGCCAGAAUUCUGCCUCUGAAUUGCUGUGGCACUGUACAGCAGACAAGCGACUUCCAAAAUCCCUGCUCUGCUAGAGUGUCAUUCACCAUUAAAACUGAAAUACAGUCAAGUUUAAUAUAAAGAGUUUUUUAUUACCUAGAAUACUUUUAUAAUUGUGAUGUGAAACAGAAACAGAAAACUGGUGGGCCAGAAUUCAGGCAAUCUUGAAAGAAACUGUCGUUUUCCCAAAUGGAAUAAAAACAGAAUGUAAGGUAUGGAGUUUGGGUUUUUCAGUUUGCCUGGGUCUGGGGUGUCCUUCCACAUAGAUUUUUUUUCCCAAGGUAUAAAAUAAUAAAAUUAGAGGGAAUUUGAUGCUAAGAAAGAGGGGUUUGGUAGGAGAAUACUGAAGAAUUUUCUGAUUUGUCACUUUGUUUCUAAUAUCAGGAUUUGGCCAUUAGCUGUAUGUAUUGUAUACAUACAGUAUUUGUCAGGAGUUUCACUCUAUUUAAAUCCAGAGAAUUAUAUGGUUAUGUACUAUUUUAAGUUUCUGCCAACCAUGAAAAUAGCCCUUUUCUUCAAACAUGAGUAAGCCAAAAAAAACAACAAAGGCAUUAUGGAAGUAGCAAAUUCUUUUUCUGGUCCAGUUACUAACUGCGUCAGCCAUUAAGUUUGCAGCACACACAGUAAGUGUGUCACUUCUCUGGUUCAGAGUAGUGACAGGGAGAGUCACAGACUCUGAGGGAGAGCUGGGCUUUCUGCCUCCCCUGGGGCAGGUUUGUCGGUUCGGCAGCGUGGCCGCAGCACAGAGUGGUAAAGUGACUUGCAGUAUUUCUUCAGUGUAUCUCAAGGUAGGGAGCAGUGUCACAGAGCAUGGGUCAGUCACCUUGGCCUCUCUGAAGGGGCAAAUGAGUGCUUCUAUCCCUUUCCAGCUCCCAUUUAAUGAAACCAUCACCAGCUACCUUUUCUUUGCCCUUAGAUCAUGCCUCUGACCUCUCUUCCUCUUGCUCAUGAAGGAGAUUGGGGGGUUUAAAGGGCAGCUCCACCUGGCAAAUGUCACAUGCCCUAGUGCCACAUGCUAGUGUGGCACCUUAGGUGAACUGUCUACCUAAGCUUCAGGCGAUGAGUUACUGUCUGAUUCACUCCCCCUCAGUCUGGUGCAUCUGUCCUGGCACUCGGGUGUGUCCCGUAUCUGUCAGUCGGGUGUGCUGCAGGCUGAGAUCAGGGGAGGUGAGCGUGCUACUGCCUGCACUGCCUCAGCUCUCAUGCCCAGCUCACCACCCUCAGGCGUGCAGCUGCAUGAUCAGCACUUGCUGAUCAACUCCUGGCUAUCAAGGUUAAAAGAGAAAGGUAAAGAAGAAAAAUACGGUGUGCUGCUUUAAAGGUAAAUGGUUACUUGUGUAUUUAGGGUAAGUACUUCUAUGUCUGUGCUGUCAGAGUUAAACUGGUGAGAUGGUAUGGGUCAUGCUGUCAUUCAGUGAAGCGUAUGGCUGUUAUGUAAAGGUUUUAAUUACUUUCUUCAUCUGUCUGCUCAGGAACACCACGCAUCUGGCAAAAUUUUGAGAAGGCUCAAGGCGUUAAAGAAAGCUCAUCUAAAUAAAGGAGGGUUAACGUGACAUUGCAGUUACUUAAUCCUGUAUUGUCCUGCCAUGUGACUGCAGGGAUACUGAGGCGCAGCAUUUCUUUUGCCUGGUGCACAGUUUACGCUUUUCCUGUCAUCUUUCAGAAUCAGGUGCUUUGUUGAACACACCAUGAAAAAGAAACAGAGGGGCAGCAUACUUAUUACAGCAAGGCUUCUGCACACAGUGACAUUUCCAAGGUACAGUGACAAACUCACAGGCUGAAGAAUGAAUCAAAGGCAAUCCCUACAGUCAGCUUUUGGACUUUUACCAGAAUCAAGGAGAGCUACUCUGUUAAGGUCAGCUAUUCAAAAUUAGCUAGAAGUAUCUGGAUUUAUUUGGAGCAGUUAAUCAGCUUUCUGUUUGACCUUUGUUUAUCAAGUUAGUUCUCAAAGGAUCAAGCUAAAAUCUAAAUAUUUGUGUCAAAUAUUUUGCAUGUAUCAAAUGUAUUGCAUAGACAGUGAGCACCUGCCUGCUUUCUUGCAUAAACUUUGCAGCUUUAAUUGCAAAGCCUCUUUUACCUUGCAGCUGAAGAUCCUGACACAUCAACUCUAUUAGUGAGGAAUGGCUGUAUACAGCUUCCAGUUUUAUCUCUGAUUUUGAAGAGGACGUGCAAUAUGUAGAUGUACCAGAUUUGGUUUUGAACAAAUUUUCAAAAUAGUCUUUGGACUUUCUAAAUUGCUUCAUUUAAACUUACCAGGACAUCUUGUUAAAUGGGGAAGUGAUUACCCUAUAGACUAUGACAACAGGAUAUGUGAAUGAAGGAAUUCUUGGGAAAUACCGCUGUUCCAGGUGGCAUCAUGAGGACAGCAGAGAAGACGAUGGGCGUCCGCAGUGCCAUGAAGGAGAUGAAGAGGGCCAACAGCACAGGCUGACCCCAUUUGAGAAACUAAUGCAGGAUAUGUCUCAUAAUGAAAAAGUGGUGAAAGAAUUAACCCUCGGGAAGAGAAUUGCCUUCUAUCGAGUCAGAGGAGAAAUAGGAAGCGGGAAUUUCUCACAAGUGAAGCUUGGAAUUCAUUCCCUAACCAAAGAGAAAGUUGCAAUAAAGAUUUUGGACAAGACAAAGCUAGACCGGAAGACUCAACGUUUGCUGUCUCGUGAGAUAUCCAGCAUGGAAAAACUGCACCACCCGAAUAUCAUCAGGCUGUAUGAAGUGGUAGAGACACUCUCAAAACUGCACCUGGUGAUGGAGUAUGCAGGAGGUGGGGAGCUCUUCACUAAAAUUAGUACAGAAGGAAAGCUGCUAGAAACAGAAUGUAAAAUAAUCUUCUCCCAGAUUGUGUCUGCUGUGAAGCACAUGCAUGACAAUAAUAUCAUCCACCGGGACCUGAAAGCAGAAAACGUCUUCUACGCCAGUAACACCUGUGUUAAGGUGGGAGACUUUGGAUUCAGCACAGUAAGUAGAAGAGAUGAGACUUUAAAGACUUUCUGUGGCUCUCCUCCUUAUGCUGCUCCUGAACUCUUCCGAGACGAAAACUAUAUCGGCAUUUAUGUAGACAUCUGGGCACUGGGAAUCCUCUUAUACUUCAUGAUGACAGGUAGCAUGCCAUUCCGGGCAGAUACAGUAGGCAAACUGAAGAAGUGCAUUCUUGAAGGGACAUACACUUUGCCUCCCUGCCUCUCAGAAAAUUGCCAGAAACUGAUAAAAGGAGUCCUUCAGCCAGUACCAACCAAGCGAUAUUCUGUUAAAUUGAUUAUGAACAGUGAGUGGAUGCAAGGAAUACAGUUCCCCAAACCUUUACAGACAUUUAAACUGGAUCCAAAGUAUUUAUCAGACAUCAGUACACUCAAAGAAGAAGAAAUUGAAGUGAAAAAUAUUCUGGAAGAUCUGGGAAUCACAGAACAGCACAUUCAAAACAACCGGGGAAGAGAUGCACGCAGCUCCAUAACGGGGGUCUACAGAAUUGUGCUGCACAGAGUACAGAAGAAAAGGGCACUGGAAUCUGUUCCUAUCAUGUCCCAGCCAGAUCCAAAAGAAGAAGACUCGAGGAAUGGAAUCACUUCUUACAGUGGCAUUAAACACACAUCCAAGCUGUGUUCUAUUUUAUAAAAUUGCACUGCUGGCUUUAUGCUCAGCACAUUUGACAAAGGGGAUUAUUCACUUAUCCUUAAGUUGUAGUGUUACGGUUUUUUUUGUAAUUUUUGAAUAAACCAAAAAUGCCUCA